AUGGAACCAAAUAUUGUUGCUUUGACAGCAAAUUUGAGAACAUCGAAGAAAAUCUGGGAUUUUUUGCUGGAAAGCUACGAUAAGAAAGGACCACGACAGAAGACUCAAGAAUUUCGUAAAUUAACACAUCUGCAAAUGUCUGCAGGAGAAUCAGUUGCCGAAUACGUUCGCGAAUUUAAAACAAUAACCAAUCGAUUAAAGGAGUUGGGGGCAAAAUUAGACGAUGAUCUACUAGUUGUAGUUCUUCUCGAUGGAUUAUCAGAUGACUACAAGGGCAUAAGAUCUGCGUUCGAUGUUCAAAGCAAUUAUAUAGAUGUUUCUACUGUUUCCACCAGAUUACUUGAAGUUGGGGAUAGAAAGAAGGAAUUUUUGAACAAUAACAUACUCAGUUCCAAGCAUUAUCAUUCGCAAAAGCAUUACAAGAAACAUCAAUGUAAGAUUAAAACCGAAAUCAAUAAUUUUCCUUUUACUUGCAGAAAAUGUGGCAAGCGAGACCAUAUGCCUAAGGAUUGCUGGACUAAAACUGACCAAACAAGAUUGACUCAAAAUGGAACAGUUAAGUCAAACAUCAAUGUUAAAAGCUCAAAAGAGCCACUAUAUCUGUACAAUACACUCCUCGUUCCGAAAUUGACUGACAAUCACAUCUCAAUCAGCAUGGCCACAGAUCAUGGAUACAAGAAGAUGGUUCAUGGACUGCCCGAUAAAUUUAAAGAUGACAUCGAUGAUUGUACUGUUUGCAUUCGAGCUAAACAAACUGUAACAGCAUUUCGAGCUAAGCAAACUUUAACAGCAUAUCCUACAAGCAUCAAUGAAAAAAAGACAUCCCGUCGCUUAGAACUUGUCCACUCAGACAUAUGCGGACCGAUGCGAAGAGCGAAAACCGAAACCUUCAAAAAAUGUAAGGUUUUUGCUGAAACUCAAUCUGGUGAGAAAGUUAAAACACUCCGAAAGGACAACGGAUUAGAAUACUGCAACAAGGACUUCCAAAAAUUCGUAGAAGAUUGCGGAAUAUUUCACCAGAAAACUGUGCCAUACACACCGCAACAAAAUGGUUUAGCCGAGAGGGCUAACGGGACUUUAACCGAGAUGGCAAGAUGUUUAAUGGAUGAAGGCAAACUUCCUGAAUUUAUGUGGGCUGAAUUAGUGAACACUUUAGCGUUCUUACGAAACAGAUGUCCAACGAAACCCAACAGAAAUGUAACACCAGAAGAGAUGUGGAGCGGAAAGAAGCCGAAUAUAUUGUUUUUAAAGGAAAUUGGUUCGAAAGUUUACACUAUAAGAAAAGGUUCCAAACUUGAUAACUCCAAUAAUUCGGAAAGCAAUGAAGAUAAUACUACCUCAAAUAAUGAAGUGAAUGAACUUGAAAAUGACAUCGAAAGAAAAGAUUCAGACGAAUGGCAAGAUGUAAACGAAUUCGAAGAAGACAUCGUUCAACAAGCAACAUCAAAUAAGAUGCCUGGGCUUUGGUGGACAGAUCAAAUGACCGGAAAGUCAUAA